AUGCAAAGUCUGAAGCGUGUUCAACGAGAGGUCAGAGAGUUGGCCGCGAGUAAAGAUGUAAGUAUUUUAAUUUUUUCCUUGGUUUUUAGGUUGAUUGCAUCGAGUUCUUGCUGCUAGCAGCUGCUACGACCUUUUUGUAAUCCAAAUUCCUGCGUUUCCCUCACUUUAUGCGCAAAAAAACUAAUUUUAACCUUGUUUUAGUUGGCUCAAGGUGGUCUGACUGUGGAAGUCGUUGACGGAAAUCUCUCACAUCUUCAUGGAUAUCUCCGAGGUCCGGCGGACUCCCCAUAUGAUGGGGCAUGUCUACAGCUGGACAUAGAGAUCCCUGAAAAUUACCCUUUCUCCCCUCCCGUGUGCAAGUUUAUCACUCGAAUUUGGCAUCCGAAUAUUAGCUCCCAAACCGGCGUCAUCUGUCUAGAUGUCCUCAAGGAGAACUGGGCAGCAACUAUGACAAUAAGGACGGUUCUUCUCAGCAUUCAGGCAUUGUUGACGGUUCCUGAACCCAAGGAUCCUCAAGACGCAGUAGUGGCAUCACAAUACAUGAAGAAUCCUGCUCUUUUCAAUCGGACAGCUCGAUUUUGGGCUCAACAUUUUGCUGAAGGACCUGGUGAGAAAGAGAAGGAGCUGCAGUUGAAAGUUUCCAAACUUUGUGAGAUGGGCGUGGACAGGGUGAGUUGUGUUGUACUUGAUGGGACUAGUAUAAUAUCGGAGUUAAAUUUUGAUGGGUUUUAGUGAUUUUUUGACAAGAUCUGGUAGGAAAUAGCUUUAUAGUUGAAUUUCCUGAGAUUUUAAUCGGAGUUAAGUUGAACUUACGUCACAAUCUAGGUUCUGUUACAAGAUUUCUGAUUAAAACUCAUGUGGAAUAUAAAAUUAGAUCUUCUUGAUGUUUAUCUCUUUUUAUAUUGUUUAUUUUCAGGACACAGUGAUUUCGCAGCUGAGCUACGUGGACUGGGACCUUGACCGAGCCAUCGCGAACAUUUUUUAG